AAAAGGAGAGAGGAAGACCUAACAAGUAUUUAAGACGAUGGCUAUAUGCAACAUUGCCCCUGAGUAUAAAAUUGGCGGUAAGAAGAAAUGAAAUAAUGAUGGACCUAUAGAAGAUAUUGGUGAUAAUUGUGAUUUGCUGCAACGAUUAAAAUACAAAUAAUACAAUGGCAAGAUUAAAGAAAUGCACAGAAAAAGAUGUAUCUAUGUUACUUGAAACUAAUUCAGACACAGAUGUAGAAGAGUCUACUGAAUGCUACACACCAAGAAAAGAUAUAAAAAGAGAUAGUUCAGAUACCUCAGUUUCUGACACAAUAUUUGAUAACAACAAAAGUCUCUUAUUACGGAAAAAUGCAUUACAAAAAGAACAAGUCUCCUUAAGACUCAGAUUGAGAAGGUCUACUGAGCAAAGCAGUUACAAAAUAGAUAGUGAUUCAGAUAAUGAAAGACCAAGAAGAUCAACAAGAAAUGUAAAACAUUUGAAAAGAUUACAAGAUGAAAAUCAAAUGCCACAUAAAGGUGUAAGAAUUGUAAAAUUACCUAAAAAAUACUCUGAUUAUGAUUGUUCUUCUCCUAAUAAAGAAAAACAUACUUUACGAAAAGAACAAAUUAAUUACAAAACAAAAGAAUCAUUUUCGUCUGUUAAUAAUGACAGAGAAAAAGUAAAUAAAGUACAUGAAAUUAAAUAUAACGAUUGCAAGGAUAAUGAUUCUGACACAGAUUGUAUUUGUAUUUCGUUUACUUCAAAUAAAAGAUCUACUAGGUCAAACACAAAGUCAAAAAGUAACAAACAGCAUUGUGCUACUUCCGUAGAAAACAAUGAUGAUGAUGAUGCUCUACCUAGGAUUAGAACCAGGUCGUCAAAACAUAUAUCCACAGAUGUAAUAUCUAAAAAAGAUAAUAUAAGCAAAGUACUACUUAAUGAAAAAACUGCAAUAAAUUCCAAGAUAAUUACAGCAGAAUGUACUUCACUUCAUAGAACUCCUAAAAAGCGAUUAUUCAAAAUGGAAUAUGAUUCAUCAGAUACAUCAGAUACCCCUAAAAGGAGGCUAUCUGCAAUACAACAUAGUGCACUGGAUCACACUCCUAAAAGACAAACAAAGAAUCAGGGUAGAAGAAUCUUAAAUAUUUCUAAUAAAUGUAAACUCACAGUACAUGAAACUGAAGAUAAAGAAAAAAUCGACGAAGUGUCUGUUAUAUGCAAAAGUACCAAAGAUAUGUCCAUUACAGUCAAACAAAGAAAGAAGAAUGCCAAGAACAUUGAUGAAUCAACAAUAAUACAAAAUGAUCCAAAUACUCCAAAAUCUCGCACAUCACUGAAGCAUAGUGCUUUAACACCAUCUAUGAAAAUAAGAAUUGGAGUCUUAGCUAAACCAAUUACACCAUUACAAAGGGCCAGAUCAAGAUUACAUGUUAGUGUAAUCCCGAAAUCCUUGCCUUGCAGGGAGGAGGAGUUUAACGAUAUUUAUACGUUUUUAGAAGGCAAAUUAAUGGACAAUAGAGGAGGAUGUAUUUAUGUAAGCGGUGUCCCAGGUACAGGUAAAACUGCCACAGUGAACGAAGUUGUAAAAUGCUUGAAACAUUCAGUAGAAAAGCAUAAAUUAGAUCAAUUUGACUUUGUUGAGAUUAACGGUAUGAGAUUAUCCGAGCCUAGACAAGCAUAUGUACAAAUUCUAAAACGGUUAUCUGGAGAAACUUUAACAUGGGAACAAGCAUAUAAUGCACUAGAAAAAAGAUUCAACAGCAAUGUUAAAAGGCCGAUGACAUUACUACUCGUAGAUGAGCUUGAUUUAUUAUGUACAAAACGACAAGAUGUAAUAUAUAAUCUUUUGGAUUGGCCCACUAAAGUCUCCGCACAAUUAGUAGUUAUUACUAUUGCAAACACUAUGGAUCUCCCAGAAAGAGUUUUAAUGGGUAGAGUCACAUCACGAUUAGGUCUUACCCGUGUUAGUUUUCAACCAUACAAUCACGAACAACUACAAGAGAUUAUAAUAACCCGGCUCAAAGAAACAAAUAUUUUUAAAAAUGAAGCUAUACAAUUAAUUGCACGUAAGGUGUCCGCUGUAUCGGGAGACGCUCGCCGUGCUUUGGACAUAUGUCGUCGAGCAGCAGAAAUUACUGAAAUACGUGAGGGAUCUACAGUGAGUAUGGAGGAUGUAAAUCAAGCUUUGUCAGAAAUGAUGGCAAACCCAAAAAUUCGAGCUAUAAAACAUUGCUCAAAAAUGGAGCAAGUAUUUUUACAAGCUGUAUGCGCAGAGGUCACACGAACCGGUGUCGAAGAAGUUUGUUUCAAGAACGUCUACAAACAAUUUGAAUCUCUAUGUUGUUUUGAUGGUUUCCAAACACCUAAUGUCACCGAGACUCUUGGUAUAUGCGACAGAUUAGGUAGUAGCAGAUUGUUAAUAUGCGAAGAUACGUCAAAUGAUAUAUAUCAAAGAAUGCUCUUAAAUGUGUCAAAGGAUGAUAUACAUUACGCGUUAUAGUAAAGUUUUGAUUAACGAUAUAUACAAUACCAAGGCCUAGAUAAAUGUUUCUAAUUUAACUACCUAAAAUAUGAAUGUACGUGUGUGUGGUUUUAAUAAUUAUAACGAUAAUAUAUUAUACAAGUUUCAUAAAUUCUGAUUGCAUUAUUUUGUUUACAAUUUUAUAAUGAUAAAAUACAAUAAAGUACAAAUUUUUAUAGUAA